UGUCCAACUGCUGGAGAGUCAGCACCAAGGAUCACCAACAAAAAGUGGAGUUCAAGCGAGAUUUUGGGACUUAUGAACUCCCGGUUUGAGUGUUUUAAAAUCAGAGAUGUAAAGGGCAUUCAAGUCGGAUAAAUACCUGAAUGAGCGGUGAAUGACUUCUGCUGGGCGUCCAUCCUCCACCCAAGAGCGCUUUGCAGCGAGCCAGCGACACCGACGGAGAGCAGCAACAUGAACCUCAUCGGGGGCUACCAGCACCACCACCACCUCAUGCACGAACCUUUCCCCUUCGUGCAGCGAUGUCACCAGGACGCCCCUUAUUUCCAGAGUUGGGUGCUCAACCACGGCGAGGUUCCACCGGACUUCCAGAUCCAGACUCCCUACCCAGCUGCGGAGUUAGCCCCUGCAGCUGCGCACGAUGCCCGCUUAGAAGGCCUCCAGGUCGGGAUGGCGAAACGGCGAGCGUCGGGGCCCAAGAAGGAGCGCCGGAGGACGGAGAGCAUCAACACGGCAUUCGCCGAGCUGCGGGAGUGCAUCCCGAACGUACCUGCAGACACCAAAUUGUCCAAAAUAAAAACGUUACGCUUGGCCACAAGUUACAUCGCCUACCUGAUGGACGUCCUGGCUAAGGACUCUGGAGAGACUGAAGGCUUUAAGGCCGAAAUUAAGAAAUUUGAAAACCGGGAUCUGAAAAGGAAGAGGGACAUGAAUGAAGGCCCACAGGACUCCUUUGGGACCGAGAAGAAGGUAAAGGGCAGGACCGGUUGGCCACAGCAGGUUUGGGCUCUGGAGCUCAACCAGUGACACAAAAACCAAAAAAACCACUUGACUGUACCUGAACGCAUCAUCUGUUGGAUCCCAAUGACGAAAAGGGAGAGAAUUAUUGGGGGGAAAAAAGGACAAAUUACUUAUUUUCUCCUUCUGGUGUUUAUUAAAUUUAUAAUAUUUAUCCCUCCACCUUUGUCGUCUUGGUGUCGCAAACAUCCCAUGAAAAACUAUCUUGAAGCUAAGCUUAAAUGAGUUCUAUGAAAUACAGUGGCGUGUGAGUGCAUCAGUAUGUGUUGUAAAAUGAAAAAUUUAAAUUAUUUUAAUUUUUUUCCUAGGUGCAGAUUUUUUUAUGUUUUUUUUUUGCAUUUUUGUUGAUGCUGCAUCGCAUUUCACUGUAUUUUUUUGCAAUCUAAUUUGAUGCUUUAGUGGAUUUCUGAUUUUGCUCCAAUCGUUCAGGAAUUUUUCGUUUGCAUUGGAACGAACAUUUGAUUUCUCAGCGCGGCUUAACUGAGCUGAAUUAUUGGUUAUUGCUUUCAAAGUUAACAUGCAUUGUACGUCUGGCAAACAGGAUUAUGACAAGUCUGUGUUAAAAGUUAAUUUAAAAAAAACCCACCAUAAAUUACUAUAAAUAAACAUUGAACCUUUUUUUGUUUUCAAGAAGUGUGAAGACAUACUCAGGCAAACAAAAAAAUGUAGGGGCUGAACAAAUGUUUGUGUAAUGUUUUUUGUUGACUGAAUCUACCUCAGAGUUCAUAUGUCCGCUUGAAUAGACACAUGAGAAUGUCCCACUUAACGCACAGCAGCUUUACACUACAAAGGCAAAAAAAAAAAGAUUUAAAUGGUUUAUUAUUGUGCCAAUUGUGGAUGGAAAUGUACAUUAGGUGUGAAGUUAUGAUAUAGAGGUCCGUUAAUAAAUGAAUUACUUUAAGACGCCAAUAUUGUGUUAAGUGUAUUGUUGUUAAAUUGCAACUCGGGACAUUUCAGUUGUCAGUAUUUGGGGGAUAAAAUAAUUAUAUAAUAUAAAUAGCAUUGCCGAUUAAUUAGUUUAUAGUCUGAGAAUAUGGCUGGUGAAAUGUGAUUUGAAUUUCGUUGUGAUUCACAUAAUUAAUGGGAGUUUUCUUUCAAAAGAUGCAUGUCGAUGGGGUUCUUUUUUAAUAGCAACUACAGAAUUUAGAAGCGCCAUUAGCCACAUGUAAUCAAAAUCACCUCUUUUAGGGUAUAGUUUUAAAUGAUGUCAUUAUGUACCAAUUUAAAAAUUACUAUACA